CUUACUAGCGCCAUCUAUAAUCAGUUUUUGUCUAUGUUGGUAUCUCUCUUUUAUAGUGCGUACAGACCGGCCCAACAACGAUGGGUAUUUAACGUUCGCAAGCGUUGGCUUCCGCACGCUCGUUGGAGUUCGUUAAUACAUUCAACGAAACCCGUUCGUUUGGCCGGUCUGUACCCAGCUUUACUGUCAUGUGCAUGGUACAAUCACUAGCUUAUUCGACUCUUUAUCACAAUGUACUACAACUUUGCCGAGACGUGAGACGGCUGGCCCAGCAUGUAUAACGGCAAUAAUGUAAGUUCACCAUUAUCAUUAAUCUGUGACUUGACAUUUUAUGUCAAAAUGACAAACGUUAGUUAGUCUGUGAUUUAUGUGAAGACGGUGUGUGUGUGUGAAGCUUGUGUGAAGACUGUGAAGCCUAUUAUCUAUUCUCAGAUCUCUGAUUCUCUUCUAAAAAGUCCUUUUUCUUUUCAUCUUGGAUUGUAAACUAUAUUUAUUACUAACAGUAGGGAUUCAAAUACAAUAACGAUACAGUGGAUUUUACAAUACAAUACAAUAAUCUUUAUUUGCACACCAUAAAAAAACUUAAGUUGGACUGGAGUUCUGCUAUCAUCCUGGAAUAUUUGACACAACGCCAUGGUAUAAUAACGGUACAAUGUCAUAUAUCAAGUGUUCAUAUCUUAACUGUGGGAAUAUCAACAUGAAGAAUCCGGAGUUGUCAUUGUUUAGCUUCCCCAUUAAUGAUAAAUCCCGUCUAAAGCUUUGGAUCCAGAAUUCAGGAAAUUCACAACUGGAUUCAUUAACCAAUAAUGAACUGAGGUAUCAUUACAUUUGUGCCGCUCACUUUCCUAAUGCAAGAGAUCGUAGACAACUACAUAGAGACAUACUACUUGGUUCCGCUGUUCCAUACCAUUUUCAAUCCACUGAAACUGAAACAGCAUCAACACCUUCCAUGAGUCAUGUUAAAGAUGUGGAAAUAAAUACUAGAGCAGUCUCUCCUGACGUGUUGAAAGUGAUACCACCUAAAAAGUUUUAUGAAAACAAAAAUAAACAAAAUCGUUUACAGGAAUCGACUCCUGUAUCAAGUAGUACAGGAGAGCAGUAUAAAAUGGAGGAUGACAUAGACAUAGAGGAGCAUGAUCUGUUGGACGACCCCGCCUUGAGGAGCGUGUUUCCAGAUCUUGUCAUCCUCAAACGGGAAAUCAUUGAUUUUGUUGGUGAAGAAACCCCAACAACGACAGAAGUUCCAAAUAGAAAUGAAAACCAACUGGAUGAAACAUUGGAGGAGAACAGUGGGAGUCCUCCCGUGUGCCCCGCGCAUGACACAGAUGUCAAACCUGACGUGUUAUCUACGGACAUGGAUUACACUAUAACUGUCAAGGGAAACAGUUUGACAGAAUUUGAUGAAAUUGAAACUGAAAUCAAGAAGGAAUCAGAGAAUGUUGUACCAAAUGAAUUGCCAUUUUACAGAAACAGAAUUAUACUUGGCAAGAUACAAGUAGAUGAGUCUGACGAAGAACGAGAAAUUGAUGCACCAGCUGACUGUAAUAAUGUUGUAAACAUCAAAACAAACAAUGAUCAAGAUUUGGCAGGCUCAAUAUACACUGAUGUAAAUAGAAGCAUGAGGAUAACUAAACAGUAUUUUGAAAUGGAAAAAUGUUUGGGAGCGAAAAUUAUUCUAACAAACUGUUAUACAACUCUAUUGAACCAUAACUGUUACUGUGCUCAGUGUGCAGUGUUGUUCCCCACCACUGAAGCGUAUAGUGAACAUUACACGAGCACACACACCGAGACCACUCACUCAACUAAAGCCCCGGCUUCUCUUGUAUUGACACAUAGACAAAUAAUUUACCCACCUGAGAAGGCAUAUGUGUGCGACACCUGCAAGAAAACAUGCAACACAAAAAGUAAAUUGAUAAAGCACAUGUUAGUUCACACUGAAGAAAAACCAUUCGAGUGUAUAACUUGCAAUAAAACCUUCAGUAACCUAUACACUUUGAAUAAACACAACUUAAUUCACACUGGCGAAAAGCCAUUCCAGUGUGACAUUUGCACGAAAACAUUCUACCGAAGACCUAAUUUGAAGUGGCACAAGUUAACUCACACUGGCGAUGAGCCAUUCCAAUGUGACAUUUGCACGAAAUCAUUCUUCCGAAUAUGUGAAUUGAAGACCCACAAGUUAGUUCACACUGGCGAUAAGCCAUUCCAGUGUGACAUUUGCACGAAAACAUUUACCCAAAGAAUAAAUUUGAAGAGCCACAAGUUAAUUCACACUGGUGAAAAACCAUUUCAGUGUGAAACUUGCAACAAAACAUUCAGAUAUGUAUUGGCUUUAAAACGACACACGCUAACUCACACUGGUGAAAAGCCAUUCGAAUGUGACAUUUGCAAGAAAUCAUAUAACCAAAUAAGUCAUUUGAAGAGCCACAAGUUAGUUCACACUGGCGAAAAGCCAUUCGAAUGUGACAUUUGCAAGAAAUCAUAUUACCAAAAAAGUCAUUUGAAGAGCCACAAGUUAGUUCACACUGGCGAAAAGCCAUUCGAAUGUGAAACUUGCAAGAAAACAUUUAACCGAAGAAGUAAUUUAAAGAGCCACAAGUUAAUUCACACUGGCGAAAAGCCAUUCCAGUGUGACAUUUGCACGAACACAUUUAGCCAAAGAUGUUAUUUGACGAGCCACAAGUUACUUCACACAGGCGAGAAAUUCCAGUGUGACAUUUGCAAGAAAACAUUUUGCCGUAAAGGUAGUCUUAAGAGGCACAUCAUGUUACUUCACACUGCAUCACAGGCAUAUGAUUCUGAUGCGUCGGAAAUAAUAUGAGAUCCGGGAAACAUGAGGAAACAUAGUACAUGACACGGCGUGAAACAGCGGGAUGUCAGUGAGUGUCAGUGGGGCGCGCUGCGGGCGAGGGCUCGGCCUCCGCCUGUCCCCUCACUGCAGGCAGCGCCGGCGACGCACAGGCCGCGUUGUCGACACGCUCUCCUACACACCCACAUACAAGCGACUCCACCUACACUAACCACCUCAGUUGCAAUUCUGACAUCGGCGCGGACGGUCGCUUUCUAGCGGCGCCGUCUGUAGCCGUCACGUGUGACUCACUACUGAGUGACCCGGCUGCUCAAGGACAGCGUCCUGUUGUACACCGAGAUGCCUGAAAUCUCGGCUCAAUUGUAAGCCUCGGAACAUUUUAAAAUGAUAUGAAAUCGGUAGAAAACAACUAUUUGGUUCUAUAUUUUUAAUAAACAUUAUUAUAUCAAAAUA